GGUGGGUCCACAUUAAUCCCGGAGACCCACGCAGACGGAGCUACGAUGCUCUGUGUUUCCAUCCGCCGACGAGACGCGACAAACGGACGACGAGGCGCGGACCUGUUCCCCGGACACGGACAUCUAAUCUCGGUUUAAAGUAGGAACCGUGGCCGUGGGAGAAGGGCGCGUGGAUGUGUUUCCUGUGAACCGGGGGCUGCCACCGCGGAACGGACAGGGCGGGGUGAUGUGUCGGUUCCGGUAUAAAAUGGGACCCAGACGAGGCGUGGAGCCGGCCGCUGUCGUUCCAUCUCGGGGAGGAAUAUGAAGAGUCCGCGGUGCUCGUGCUCCGGGGCGGCGGUGUGAGCCGUCCGGGGGAGGCCGCUGGCGGGGGGAGAAGCGUGCGCGCGUCGCCCCUCCGCCCCCUGUCCGUCAACACGAUGAGGACCAUAUUUACAUUCUGGUGUCUGGUGCUCGUUACCGGCGGAGCGGACCGGGCGGGGGCUACCGGGAACCUGACGGCCGGCGGCAGUGGCAGCAGGUACAUCCGGAUCGGAGACGGAUCCUCGCACGAAUUUGAGUUUCCCGAAAACACCAACGGCGUGAUCGUGAUCUCCAGCCAGUACCGGAGCUCCGCGGCCAGCAGGAAGGGCCGGCAGAGCUGCAAGCAGACGGUGAAGGUCCGGUCCCUGGACCCGGAGGUUCUGUCCAUCCUCAACGUGACCGACGGCGGCCACGCAGGACCCGCCCGGAGCUACAUCAUCAGCAUCCGGUCCGGGUUUCCGGGGACGGCCCAGCUGCAGAUCCAGCUGCUGGACCUGGAUCAGGACUCGGUGCCGGUUCUGGUUGAGGAGAGGACGGAUUACUCCAUCAUUGUGGCGCCCGGGAACGACGACCCGGCCACCCGGCUCAUCCAGUCGGGCGGCCUGUCCCAUUUCUCGGAGAACCCGGUGCUGUUCGCCUUGCUGCCGCUCAUCUUCAUCAACAAGUGUGCCUUCGGGUGCAAGGUGGAGGUGGAGGUUCUGCGGGGUCUGCUGAGGAGCCCGGUGCCGCUGCUGCUGGGGGUCCUGGGCCAGUUCCUGGUCAUGCCUUUGUACGCCUACUGUGUUUCUCAGCUGGCCGCCCUGCACAAGACCCUGUCCCUGGGCCUGGUCAUCACCUGCUCGGCCCCAGGUGGAGGUGGGGGGUAUCUGUACAGCCUGCUGCUCGGUGGUGACGUCACCUUGGCGAUCUCCAUGACCCUGGUGUCCACGGUGGUGGCGGCGGCGGCCAUGCCCCUGUCGUCGGCGCUUUACGGCCGACUGCUGGGGGUCCACGCCGCCCUCCACGUCCCAUUCGUGAAGAUCCUGGGGACCCUCCUGUUCAUCGCCAUCCCCAUCUCCCUGGGCAUGCUGGUCAAGCUCCGGCUGCCCGCCCUCACCCGCAUCCUGCUGGUCCUCAUCCGCCCCCUCAGCUUGGCGCUCAUGGUGGGGGGCAUCUUCAUGGCCUACCGGAUGGGCGCCUCCAUCCUCGCUAACGUCAAGCCGGUGAUAGUCGUGGUCGGGGUGACGGUGCCUUUGCUGGGGCUGGUGGUCGGGGCGGUUCUGGCCAAGGUGGCGGGCCUGGCCCCCCCGCAGAGGAAGACGGUCAGCAUCGAGGUGGGGGUCCAGAACAGCCUGCUGGCCCUCGCCGUCAUGCAGCUGUCCUUCCGGAGGGUGGAGGCCGACUUCGCGUCCCAGGCGCCGUUCAUCGUGGCCCUCAGCAGCACCUCGGAGAUGCUGCUCAUCGUCCUGGCCCACUUCGCCCAGCGGAGGCUGUGCGGGUCCGCCGUCCCCAGGACUGACGCCUGAUUGUAGCCUGAACUUUUUUUCCAAGAAUGAACCUUUUUGAAAUCUUUGGAAAGAUCCUCCACGCGUGUCCGUGGGGCGCCCAACAAUCACUAACCCGUCAUCACUGUUGUCGUUGUACACAGGACAGUGAAUGGACUUUUUGUGGUUCUUUGUUGUUGUAUUUUUCAUGGAAACCAAAGGCCUUUUACCCCUCUGAGACCCUUUUGUGUUUAUUUUACAGUCUGUACUUUUUAAAUCAGAUUAUACUGGGAGCUACUUAAUGUAAAUAUUCCUAAGAUAAAUACCUAUAAAAAGAUAUUUUUCUACCAGAUUACUUUUUGUAAUCCAAAAUCAAAGAUUGAUUUGUAUCAUGUUUACAACUGGUCCAUGUGUCUUAGCCUGGGGUUGAGGGGGGGAUUUUUGGGGUUAAAGUGAAAUCGUUUUGAAAGUAUUUGCUACUGAUUGUGUUUCCUGGAUCUGUGAGAAUCCAUGUACUUGAACAAACGGGUGGGGAACUGAAGAAAAAGAAAAUAAAAAAAGAAUCAUUGUCAAAC